AUGGGUCAAAAUAGCACUGAAAUCGACCAAAAAUUAGUCAAAUACAUUUAUGACAAUUUCAAGCAUGUUCCAAAAGGUAUUGAAUAUGAGAAGAUGGUUCUGAAUGUACCAUACAAUUGCUUUGAAAAAACGUUACUAGACGCCCGGACACUUUCUCAUGAGCUUGUUGAUGAAUACGGUGACAUCAAAGUUCGUGACUUUGGUAGUUUGGAAGAAUACCACAAGAAACGAGUCGAGCAUCUUCAACUGGUCUUUGGUAAGUGUACAGACAACGUCUUCAUUGAGUAUCCCUUCUAUGUGGACUAUGGAUGUAACAUUGAGUUGGGAGACCGGUUCUACGCCAAUUACGGGGUCACGUUUUUAGAUUGUUCGUUGAUCAAAUUUGGUGACAAUGUCAUGGUGGGUCCACAUACAGUGUUCACCUGUGCUACUCACCCAGCUAACCCCAUAACCAGGCUCGCAGGAGUUGAAUUUGCUAGGCCAAUCAUCGUAGGAAACAAUGUAUGGUUUGGUGCCAACUGUACUAUCUUGCCAGGUGUUACCAUUGGUGAUGGUGCGGUUAUUGGAGCUGGAACCGUGGUUACUAAAGAUGUUCCUGCCAACUCUCUUUGUGUUGGUGUACCUGGUAGGAUUACCAAGACAGGCAUUGAUAAGUUAGAUAUUUGA